AUGACAGAUAUAUAAGACUAAAUAGAAACAAGUGAACGAGCAAAUGAGAUAUAAUAGGAAUAAAGGGCAUAUGGAAAUUCUUGUACUAAAAAUAAAGAUGAGCAAAAAUACUUUUAUCGAUUAAUAUUAGCAUAAUUAAUAGUCAUUUUUAUUUCAACCUUUUUACCCACUAAAAAGUACUUCUUCAAUUCAAUCAUAACUUAUCCAAGAAGUAACAUCACUUUUGAUGAAUAUUGUAAAACAUAUGAAAAAUGCAGAUAAAAUUAUUACUAUUUUAAUUCACAAUAUUAUUAAUAAGACUUAAAUCAAUAUGAAGUUUGGAAGAAUUCAGUAGUUCAAGAUUAAACUGAAUACAAAACAUUAUAUUAUUUUUCCCUCAUUCUUUUACCUUCAUUAUUGAUUAUUUAAUCAGUAUUUAGAAAUUGCUAAUUAUUUGUAAGCUUUUUGGUCUAUUAUUAUUCUAGAAAAAUUAAUAGAAAAUGUUCUACUACUUACAAUAUCCAUCCAUGAGUCUAUUUAUUUAAGUUUUUUCUCACUUAAUAAAACAGGGAGAAAGUAUUAUUAUUAUUUAUUUUAUUAGAUAAGAACAUUUUUUACAAUUUGAGAAUACUAAUUUUAUAUUAAAUAGGAAUUGUGACAUUCUUUUACUUAAAUCAAAAAUUCUUGAAAUGGUAACUUGAAUUAAAAUCUACAAUUUAAAAAUUGGUUAAUUAUUCCUUUAUUAUCAUUUGUUUAAAGGAAAUACUAAAUUUUUUCGGUUUAACUCAAUCUAAUUGGAUACCUCACAUUAUAUUCAUUUUAUAUACUUAAGUAUAUUUAUUACAUCUUAAUACAAAUUUAUUCAAAGUAAAAAAUACAAUUAAUCUUAGGAAAAUAAUAGAUAUAUUAUCCAUAAUUAAUCAGCUUUAUAAUUAAUAAAAUAAAAACUAUAAUCCCUUUUUGUUGUUUAGGAUGAUUAUAGAGAGGUAGCAGAGAAUUAUUUUGUUAUUUCAAAGAAGAAGAUGUACUCUUGGAUUUUCGGAAUCAUUUUAUCCAUGGUUUUUAGAGAUUAUAUAUUUAAUCUUUAAAAUUUUAUUGUUCUAUCUGGAAUCUUCGUGAUCUUUGUUUGGGAUACAUCACUUGUAUCUACAGUAAAUUAAUUAUAUUAAUAUUCAUAGUCAUCGAAAUUCACUUUGAAAGAUCAGUAUCAAGCAGCAAGUUUAUUCAUUUUAGAUUUCAUGUUGCCAAUCAGAAAUAUUAUCCUAAGAUUACUUGUUUGA